CACGCACAGUUCAACGAAAGUAGCUGUUGGCUCUGACCUCCGCUGCCGUUGCAUACACAACAAAACAAAAUCGUUGUACACACAUAUAUACCACAAUAGAGUUUCGGGUAGCUGUCUCUAGACAAACAACGCACCAUUAUUUGCAUCUUUAUUGAUAUUAAGUCAAAAGCAAAAUGCACGCACGCUUUGCCGAACCGGAGCCGGAGUCCCCAUCGCCGGACAAUAUGGACAAAAUCGAAGCGGAGCCACUCGAAACACGGAUUGAGCAGUUCAAACAAAAUUCCAGCAACAUGGCCGCUCUGAACGAGUUCAUCGACGAGGUGGUACAACAAGCUGAGACGGAGGCCAGCAAGCAGCAAAAUAAACUAGAGGCAAGCAAAUCGCAACAGGGGAAGGAAAAGCGACAGAGUUUCGCCAUACCAGAUUUUAAGAAUGGAAAGGUUGUCAAUCGGGCGCGCGGAUUCGUCGUCCGGAUCUUCGAUGCGAUUUGUAAUUGCGCCAACAACAAUGCAGCAGCUGCGACGACGCGCUUCAAGCUGCGCUCCGGCAGCGGUAGUGGCGGCGUUGGAGGCAACAAGCGACAACAGUCCCAGGGCGAAGAUGGUGAGCCGGAAAUUCUGGCGCUCAGCGGCAAGAAGAAGAGUUGUAAUGCGGAUCCGAAGAAAAAGGGGAAGGGUGUUACAAUGGCCGACGAUGUGGAGGGAGGGGCGCGGCUGGUGGAGUAAACGAGUCAAAGCUCAAGAAUAAAAACUAAGCAAAAAGAGUUGGACACAUGAAUACGUUUAUAUCAGAAAUAUGGUAAGAGACUAAUAUAAGCCAAGAAGGGCAACAAAAUCAAAGAAAAAUUAAAGACAUGGAGAUGUGGAAAGCUCAUGUUAUGUGUUAACCUAAUAAAGAGUCCAUUCGCUAUUCUUCUCAAUCCCGAAAACCAUUCCAUUUUAGGCAUGUUCAAUAUUUUGUAUUUAUUUAACUCACGGUUUUUAAAAAAGACUUUCCAGGCUGUAAUGGAUUGAAAUUAUUCAUAUUUCAAGCCCUAUACUCGUUAAACGUUAAAUUCAGUUGCAUUCUUAAACUCCUUGUGAUCUCCCGCCGCAACUAUCCUAUCAAAAAACGUAAUACUUUUAGGCUAGAGCACAAAGAAAAUUUACACCGAGCGAAAAAAAAAACACCCGAAUUUCGAGGCAAACACAAUCAAUAUUGUACGCAUACGAUACAUAAAUAAAUGCAAUUUACACACAAUUAUAUUUAAAAGACAUUCAUAAAGAAUGAAAAUGAUCUGCAAUUAAGGACAAUUUACCAGAGCUGUGCUACAUUUUCCAGCCGCUCAACUCCAACUAUCGUAAACAUCAUUAACCUCUCUACUUACAUACAUACAUCUCAGAAUAUACAUAUGUACACAUACUAUAUAGUACAUGCAUACAUUUGAAUGUGUAGAUGAAAUUACUUAGCUGUGCGUGUAUAUAUAGUCGUUCAAUGUUUGAAAUCAAAGGUUCAAAAUACAUGCACACGUACAUACAUACAUACUUAUAUAUAGUACUUAUAAAAUAAACGUGUACUGAUUUUAUACACAUACAUACAAAACAAAGUAUUCCGACCUGUAGACCCGUAUUUACGAAUAAUACAGGCAAACUGAACAUUUCUAACCGAAUAGGUUUCCUCACCUUAUAUAUGUAUUUUUGUGAAAUCCUU